CCCGAAGUGAAGAAAGUUAUUCGAAGCAGAGAUGUUGUAUUUCAUGAAAACGAGUUUCAUGGGUGUGCUCCAAUAAUCCGCCAACAACAUACUCCAGAAGACGAAGUGCCUGUAUCAUCAAACAUUCCUCUCAGCGACAAGGAGAUGCAUGAUUCUACUGAACACGAGAGUGAUGGUUCAGCAGGUGAUAAUGAUACUCACAGUGAUGAUAUUCCUCAGCAGGGGGAGCCUUCAUCUGAAGACGAAUCUGAAGGUAUUCAUGUUCGACGUUCUAUGCGAGGCAUAGUUCCACAAAGAAAAUACUCCACAUCCGAAUGGAUACUUGUUGCCAGCGAGGGGGAGCCAGCGAGCACCGCAGGAACGAGAGAAAUAAAGAAAAAGGUGGAGGGGGAGAUUUGUAGGUAUCUUCCACCUUCUUUCUUGGAAGUUGCCAAGAGACACCUUAACAUGGAGGCACCUUCUUGGAAAGAGCUCUCCAACAAAUAGGUGUGGGAGAAGAUAUGGAGAUAACUAGAAAGCUUGGAUGCAACUUCCUCAUGUCUCCAAACCAGCCCUAUAUAUAGAGUGCUCCAUUGUUGUUCAUAGUAUCAGUUUAGAAAGUGAGAAAAGUGUGUGAAGAGUGAAAUACACUUAAUGUAGAAGUGUAUUGGUGAGGAUUGGUUUUUUGUAAUAGUUGAGUGUGAGAGUUUGCUCCUCCUAUUGUAAUUCUGUUCUUGAUAUUGAAUAGAAGAAUUUUCCAAUCCCAACAGAAAUGUUAA